AACAGUCGCUGCUCUCUCGCCGCAGUCGUCGCGUGUUUUAGAAGCAACAAUUCGAUUUCAAAUGCUCCGCCGACAGUUUUGGUUGGUGCUGCGACGCGAUUCCAAUUGGACUCGAACAGUUGAGCGCAACACAUGUGAAAUCAUUUCCAAGUGGAUUCAAUAAUAGUGCCAAAAUUAGGACUGCUUAUCAACUAGUUGGCGUAAUUAGCAUAAGUCGCACAUCAUGGAGCGCAUUUUGAGAGGAAUUAUGCGUUAUCGCAACACGACCCGAGAGCAAAUGGUCAAGGAAUUUCAAAAAGUUCGCGACCAUCCAGAGCCGAAGGCCGUGUUCUUCACCUGCAUGGACAGUCGCAUGAUACCCACGAGAUACACGGACACACACGUUGGCGACAUGUUUGUGGUGCGAAACGCGGGAAAUCUGAUACCGCAUGCCCAGCACUUCCAGGACGAGUACUUCAGCUGCGAGCCAGCGGCAUUGGAGCUGGGGUGCGUUGUGAAUGACAUCAGGCACAUCAUUGUGUGUGGACAUAGCGAUUGCAAGGCCAUGAAUCUAUUGUAUCAACUGCGGGAUCCCGACUUUGCGUCCAAGCUAAAUCGUCGACUGUCUCCACUGCGUUCCUGGAUGUGCACGCACGCCAAUUCCAGCCUGGAAAAGUUUCAGGAGUGGCGCGAUGCGGGCAUGAAGGAUCCUCUCAUAUUCUCCUCGGAGACGCCGCUGCGCCGUUUCGUCGCCUAUAUAGACGAGGAGCAAAAGUUUGCCGUCGAGGACAAGCUAUCACAGAUUAACACACUGCAACAGAUGUCGAACAUUGCGUCAUACGGAUUUCUUAAAACACGCCUCGAAUCCCACAAUCUGCACAUACACGCGCUUUGGUUCGAUAUUUAUACUGGUGAUAUUUACUACUUUAGUCGCGGAGCCAAGCGAUUCGUUGCCGUGGACGAGUCCAGCGUAGAUCAGCUCUCUGCGGAGGUGAGACGGUUCUACUCCUAGAUCGGCCAAUGCGAUUCUCAGCCAGCUGUGCCUUCGAUUUAUGUGUCUGUGAUAUGUGCAACGCGAUGUUGGGUCUUAUAUACAUAGUUGUUCCCUAUUUGUUACUCGAUAUACAUAUUAUGUAUACGUGUUAUUAGAUGUGGCAUUUAUAUGUAUAUAUGAAUAUGUCUUAUGGUUAGAAAUUUGUAUUUAUAAAUGUUUCUUUUUACAUAGUUUGGUGUUUGUUCUUGUAUACAACUUAAGGCCUAAUGGUUUAGUGUAUAAAGCGCUCUUAUAAAUGUAGGAAAUAUUAAGGCCCAUACUCGUUCGCUGAA